GCCAGAGAUGUGAAGGGAAUUUUACCCGUGAUGGUUCUAAUGGUGAUCAUUUUCUUGAUGCUUCUGUUCUGGGAAAAUGAGCUAAAUGAGAACGGAGUGCUGUUCACCUUGGAGCACCUGCACGUGGACUACCCGCAGGACAGCGCUCCUGUCCGGUACUGCAACCACAUGAUCCAGCAGAGACUCAUCAGGGAGCCGGACCACACGUGCAAACUGGAGCACGUGUUCAUCCACGAGAGGCCCCAGAAAAUCAACAGCAUCUGCAUGUCUCCCAAGAGGGUGGCUUGCCUCAACCAUUCCACCAUAUUCUGCUUCCAGAGCGAGACAAAGUUCAGAGUGACGGUCUGUGAGCUCAUGGAGGGCACGCGGUACCCCGCCUGCAGGUACCGCAUUUCCCCCACGCAGGCCUUCAUCCAGGUGACCUGCGAUGACUUGGGGCCGGUUAGUUUCGAGGGCUAUAUUGAAUGACCA